GAGCCACGGGCACGCUUGGUUUUGAUCGUGUCAGUGUCGAUUCGUUGCAGGCAUCCGCUAUCCGCUCCGUUGUUGUCACGACUUUUUACGAGGUAAAAAGACUAGGAUGCGGUAUCGUGUAACAUUAUGGUAUAUCUCGUGGUCGCGAUUAGGUGAGAAGAUCGUUCAGGUAGUGAACGCGUCUCGUUAAAUGAAAUGCGAUAAAUGCGGUGUUACGCGAGUGCAGGCUAGGCUAACCUAAGUCGAGGUGUGUUGGUGGGUUUUGCGAAGAUAAAGUGUAUAAAAGUGCGCGGGACUCGGAUCGAAAGCGAGCACCAACAAGUCCCAGUGGCAAGGGAUAUGCACGCACACGUCAAGAUGUCGUCGGGAGGACAUAGCAGCCGUACUCGAGCCGUACACAUAGGUUCUAUAUUCCAGAAGAUUCAUGAUCGUUUUGCUGACCCUAUGACACUGCCGAAACUUUCGACCGACAAGCGAAUGUUGGAUAAGACCUGGAAGCUUAUGGACAAGGUGGUGAAAUUAUGUCAACAUCAACGGAUGAAUCUGAAAAAUUCACCACCUUUCAUACUCGACAUCCUGCCAGAUACAUAUCAACGACUUAGACUGAUAUAUAGCAAGUACGAAGACAGGAUGGAGGUGUUGCACAGUAACGAACACUUUUGUGUAUUCAUCAAUAACCUUAUGAGAAAGUGCAAGCAAGCUAUCAAGUUGUUUAAAGAAGGCAAGGAAAAAAUGUUUGACGAGACUUCUCACUAUCGUAGAAAUCUAACGAAACUAAGCCUGGUAUUUAGCCACAUGUUAUCCGAAUUGAAAGCUAUAUUUCCUAACGGAAUGUUUGCUGGACACAAAUUUCGUAUCACCAAGGCGGAUGCGGCCGAGUUCUGGAAAGAAAGUUUCGGAAUUAGUACAUUAGUACCAUGGAAAGUAUUUAAGGAAAAAUUGAACGAAGUUCAUCCGAUUAGCUCUGGACUGCAAGCUAUGGCAUUAAAAUCUACGAUAGAUCUCACGUGUAACGACUAUAUUUCCAACUUUGAGUUUGAUGUAUUUACCAGGUUAUUUCAACCAUGGUCCACACUUUUACGUAACUGGAAAAUUCUGGCUGUGACCCAUCCUGGAUACGUAGCUUUCCUUACCUACGAUGAAGUAAAAGCACGUUUACAAAAGUAUUGUAGUACUAGACCUGGUAGUUAUGUAUUCAGAUUAAGUUGUACAAGAUUAGGGCAAUGGGCUAUCGGUUAUGUCACAUCGGACGGGGAUAUUCUGCAAACUAUACCUCACAAUAAAAGUUUGUGUCAAGCGCUACUCGAUGGAUAUCGAGAAGGAUUUUAUUUAUAUCCUGAUGGCCGUAAUUUAAAUCCUGAUUUAACACAGGCAGUUCAACCUACUCCUGAAGAACAUAUAAAAGUUACAGCAGAACAAUAUGAAUUAUACUGUGAAAUGGGUAGCACAUUCCAGUUAUGUAAAAUUUGUGCAGAAAAUGACAAGGAUGUGAGGAUAGAACCAUGCGGGCACCUCCUUUGUACUCCGUGUCUAACAGCUUGGCAGGUAGAUUCCGAAGGACAAGGUUGUCCGUUUUGUCGAGCUGAGAUUAAAGGAACGGAACAGAUAGUAAUCGAUCCAUUCGAUCCUCGAAGAACACAUCGACCAGGAACACAAUCAACAUCCGCUAGCAAUGCAUCGACUCCCACGCGGGAUCUUGACCCGGACACCGAGGAAAUAAUGGACCUAUGCAAUGGCCAUUCCGGCUUAAUCUGCGACGAUUCGGAUGAAGAAGAAGAAGAAGAAGAAGAAGAUGAAGAAGAUGAAGAAGAAGAAGAAGUAGUAGUAGUAGAAGAAGUAGAAGUAGAAGAAGAAGAAGAAGAAGAAGAAGAAGAAGAUUCCAAUCCAACUAAUUCACCUACCUUGACGCGAAGAAUCGUACCAAGCCCACCGUUACCACCUCGACGACCCUCGCCAUCGCCAACGCCAAACGGUCAUACUAGAAAUGGUCGACAUUUGACUGUGCCUAAAGAAAAUGCUCCUCCACCGCCACCGUCAGCAGUUAACGCAUCAUUCAAUUCUACUAUUGACAAUCAACAAAACAAUAAUAUGAACUCCGAAGCAGGAUACGACAUGUUGCAUCGUGCUUCGUCGCCUUCACCAGUGCCACCAAUACCUCCAGCUCCUUUUCCAGUAAGCAGAGCUCAUGCCGGGAUUCGUCGAUCCCAAGGGAAUUAUGUCGUCCCAUCUCAAGCACAGCCACAGCCACAGCCACAGCCACCGCCAACGUUACCUGAAAAACCAAAUCGUGCCAGUGGUGCAUCGUUCACGAUUCAAACAGCAAUUAGCAAUAACGUACCUCCUGUACCUCCUCCUUUGUCAGUGCCACGACCGCCAAAGACAAGCAGCAAAGAGCACAACAGACAGGAUCAUCAUUACGAGAAUACAAUCGUGAUACCUGGUACGAGACAGCACGUCGUGAGGAACAUUAAUCUGGAAGCGAAUACAGCUCGAUUGUCCGCCCUGAUGAGAGGUAAGGACGAUCCCACCGGUGGUUCCGCGAAGCCAGAAACCGCGGCAUACGAGAAUGUGAACGUCGAACACAUUUCCAAGCUGACGGCUCUCGGAUUCGCGCAAGACGCCGUGAUUAGAGCGCUCGGUAUUACUAGGAACGAUCUUGAAAUGGCUUGUGACAUACUGCACGAAUUUGCCACGAAAUCGUCUUGACCAGGUAUGCGUAAGAUGCAAACCUAACGAUUAUCGAGUAAAAUCCCAUUGUAAAAUCCCUUUGGUAGAAGCCCCAAGUCUCUUUAUAUCUCUACUAUACACAGUAGGCCUUUGUUAGAAACGUAUUCAUCAGAGGUUCCGUAAAACAAUUCUAAAACUGAUGACUACCAUGGAACGUGUUAAACAGACCUACGGAUAUUAGUCAAAUGGUUGUUUCCUUUUUUUUGUUGCAGGCUCGAAUACCGAGGGCUCAUAACUGGCUCUGUUUACCGCAUCUUUUGAUCAACGACCACGCGUAGAAACGUGUAGAAACAGUCUUUAUCGGGAGGUCGGGUCUUCUCGCGAUUCGAACAAUAUACACUCCGAGAGCCUAUAAGCCGAUGUCGUCCUGUUCAAUUAAUCGGCAAUACCACCCUUCGCUACGUUCGUUAAUCCUAGAUCGGUUUUGCGCACGUUCUCGAACUACUACUGUAUUUCUUUCCUUUUAGAUGUACACUCGCCGUGUGCAGUAUAGGCUUUACUUAGUUCAAAACAAGUGUUGGAGAAGAAAUGUUCCACCACUCGCCUUAUUUCUCUAUCUAUAUUCUUUAUGUACGAGGAUAGAAAGCUGUUAGAUUAAGCUUUCCUUGGAUUCUCCCAAGACUGAAAACAAAUAAUGGAAAGCCUAUGUUGCACCUGGGUGUACACGUAUGAUAACACACACACACACACACAUUAACACACAAGACUGCUAAACAAAGAAAAAAACUGCGACAAGAUACGUUGAAUGUAAGUAAAGUAUUAAACUUGACUAGAUAGUUCGCAGUCACCGAGUAUAUAAAAUUUCUUUCUCAUGUACCACGCUUUUCACAGUAUACGUAGUUCUUUGAUUUUUCCAUACAUAUACAAUUACGAACAAUAACGAUAAAGCAUAUAUAGUUGAUCUUUGAAAUCUUUUUCAAGAACUCGUAUUAGCUUUACAACGAGAGUUUACAAUAGCUAAAUUUAUUGACAGGCUAAUUGUCGCCAACUUUAGUCACUCUACAACGCACAUAGAUGAUGAAUUCUUGCUAUUUCUUUUUACGAUUGUUAAGUAUUUUCAACGACAGUCCCAAAAAGCCCUUAAUUCAAUGGCUUUUUAUUGUAACAAUUUUCAUAUCCACGUAUGACGGUAAGAAUAUGAAUAGGUGCGAACGCGAACAAAAAGAUUCUAUUUCUUUCUUAUACAUAUGUAUACAUAUAAGUUCGUUGCCAUGAAUUAUAUCCGAAUUGAUCCUAUCUCGCGAUAUCAAUUAAGAAGUCAGUAAAGUAAAGCUAUCUCGUUUUUUAUCUACAUUGCCAUACUUUGAUCAAUGUAUUAUAUUGUAAUUAAACGUUUUGAAUAGGAACGUUUUAAAGAAUCCACCGUCAUCGAGGAGAAAUUUCGGUACCGUUACGUUCUUCGUCGCACAGCUAGCAUUAAGAGUAACCCCAUUUGGUGCAAUAUCUAGGAUAGAGCUUAGAGAUAUCAUUUAUGAUAUAAUUAUUCGCUGUGAAAAUUGUUUUACAUACUUCCCUGAAUAAAAUAACAUCUUCGUUUAUAA